AAAAAAAGCAUUAAUUUGGAUGCAUUUACAAACCCAAUCCAUCAUCAUCCACUUCCACACCAACCUUUCAUCAGCAGCAAGUCGAAAUCGCACUCAAUUGCCCGCCAAAACCCAAACCUGCCCGGAAAUCUCGGGCGGAGUAAGCCAUCAGCCACCGCCACAAGCAGUAAUGCUUUCACUCACUAAUUCGCCUCUACUUAUUGCUAAAUCAUACCAACAAAUUAACAUAUCAAAUAAACGAAGCAUUGUGGUAUUUGCUGCUGCAAAAGGUCCAAGACCAAGAUAUCCUCGUGUUUGGAAAACUAAUAAAAAAAUUGGGACUAUUUCUAAGGCUGCUAAGCUUGUUCAAUCUAUUAAAGAACUUUCAAAUGUCAAAGAAGAAGUUUAUGGAGCUCUUGAUACCUAUGUCGCUUGGGAACUAGAAUUUCCUAUAAUUACAGUGAAAAAGGUACUCAAGACUCUAGAAUACGAGAAAGAAUGGAAGCGGAUAAUACAGGUAACAAAAUGGAUGUUAAGCAAGGGUCAAGGAAAGACAAUGGGAAGCUAUUUUACAUUACUUAAUGCUUUAGCAGAGGAUGACCGAGUUGACGAAGCAGAAGAGCUUUGGACAAAGCUAUUAAUGCAGUACACAGAAAGCUUGCCACGUAGAUUCUUUGAUAAAAUGAUAUCUAUCUACUGUAAAAGAGGCUUGCAUGAUAAGAUGUUUGAGGUAUUUGCAGACAUGGAGGAGCUUACUGUUAAACCUAGUAGUUCUGUUGUCUCAAUGGUUGGAAAUGUCUUCAAGGAGCUAGGUAUGAUGGAUAAAUACGAGAAGUUACAUAAAAAAUAUCCACCGCUGCAAUACAUCAAAGGAAAGCGUGUAAGAAUCAGGGUGCAAGGUCAGCCUAAUAAAGUCGAUAGAUACGUAAGAAAGCAUGACAAUGUUCAACCAAAUUCAGGGUUAAGAGAGGAAGAUAGUUCAGAAGAGACUUCAGAGUUAACGAACGAUGAACAAUUCGAACAGGAUGCCGAUUUAAUAUGCAUGGAAACCAAACAAAUUUCAGAUGAGUCAUCUGAGUUUAUGAAACCAAGUUUAGAUGUAUAACGAGAGAAAGAUGGUAUACUAUAACUAGCAGAUAAGUUUCGGCGUCUGACUCCUACAUUUGUUACGAGGUAAGGUGAAGACACGGUAGGAGAACAAUAGAACAUGCUCUUAAAAUUCAGAAAAACUGUAAGCCUGAGAAUCUGGUGGUAGCCAUUUCAUUUAUGAGGGUAUCGGAUCAUAUACCAAACAAGAAAUGUAACUAUUUCAGAUUCCUGAAAUGGCGAAGUCCAAGAUCAUGUGUUAUAUUCUUCUCAACACUGAUAUGGAAUUGGGUACUUUGGCUUGUAAUUUCCUGAAUGCAUAAUAUAUGGAGAUUGUAGGUUAAUUUUCAAUGCAUAUAGGCUUUGAUUAGGUUAUAGUUGUGCAGUUCUGUGUUAUACUGUUGGUCAUAUAUUUGCAUUGUAUUAAAAUGCUGAAAAUGAUAAUUAAAUACAUUUCAUUUAUGAUGGUA